CAAGCCCAUUGAGCUGAAGUCAUUAUCCAUUAUUUCACAGCAUCUCGUCCAGCUGACAGCAAGAACCUAGCGUUCCGGAGUCUGUUUUGACUUUUUACCUGUAUUUGUUUGAGGUGCGUCUGUUAUCUAAUGCAUCAAGUGGAACUAUGACCCAGACUCCAGCUCUGUGAAGUUAAUAAUUGUUUACCAAGGAGCACAAUGUAAAAAGGAACCGGAACAGCAGCUUUUCUUCGUGACACACAGCCACUAUGGAGCAGAGGCAGCGCCUCUUUGUUUGUGUGCUGCUGGCACUUUGUGCCUCUCAGACGGCGAAUGGAGGGAACAUUCUGGUGUGGUACACUGAGGGCAGCCACUGGAUUAACAUGAAGCCUUUGCUGGAGGCUCUGAUCGACAGGGGACACCAGGUCACCGUCCUGGCUCCGAGCAUGAUUCUGUUCAUGAACACCAGUAUUUCUUCUCGCUUUCGGUACGAAAACUUCGAAGUAUCCGUCUCAAAGAAGGAGAUGGAGACGUUUUUUGACAACUUUCUUCACUUCACCUUAUAUGAGAUGGAUCAAAUGAACUCCUUGCAGAUUUACAGGAAAUUUAUUGAACUGAUGGCGGUCAACCUGCAGUAUUCUUUGAGUUAUUUGGACGGAGUGCUGAAAUCAGACACCGUCAUGAAGAAGCUGAAGGAAGGAAAAUAUGACCUUCUCCUGUCUGACCCCGUCUACCCCGGCAGUGACUUGACAGCAGAGAUUUUGGGCAUCCCUCUGGUUUUCUCUCUGCGCUUCAGCUUUGUGAAUAACUGGGAGAGAUACUGUGGUCAGCUACCCGCUCCACCGUCCUUUGUCCCCGCUGCUAUGAGCAAACUGACAGACAAGAUGGAUUUCUCACAGAGAGUGUGGAACUUGGCCUUCUAUUUAAUCAAUGACAUAAUUUUGAACAACAUUUAUUGGAAAAAAGUAGAUGCAUAUUACUCCGAAAUCCAAGGGAAACCGACCAGUGCCUGCCAGACAAUGAGUAAAGCAGACUUCUGGUUGAUUCGAACCUACUGGGAUUUUGAAUUCCCUCGUCCUUUCCUCCCCAACUUCAAAUACGUUGGUGGGAUCCACUGCAUACCUGCUAAACCUUUGCCAGAGGAUAUGGAGGAAUUUGUGCAGAGUUCAGGAGACGCUGGCAUCGUGGUCUUCACUUUGGGAUCCUUGAUCAAGAACAUCACUGUUGAGAAGGCAAACGUGAUCGCCUCGGCCCUCGCUCAGAUCCCACAAAAGGUGCUGUGGAGAUACAGUGGAGAAAAACCAGAGACUCUUGGUGAUAACACCAGAACAUAUGACUGGAUCCCUCAGAACGACCUGCUGGGUCACCACAAGACCAGAGCCUUCAUCACCCACGGUGGCACAAAUGGGAUUUAUGAGGCCAUCUACCACGGUGUUCCCAUGGUGGGCAUCCCCUUGUUCGCUGACCAACCAGACAACAUGGUCCACAUGAAGGCCAAGGGAGCUGCAGUUACCUUGGACUUAAACUUCAUGAAGACCGAGGACCUUAGAGAUGCGAUCAUUACUGUUAUCAACGAGAAAUCGUACAAGGAGAGUGCCAUGCGGCUGUCCAGUAUCCACCAUGACAGACCCAUCAGUCCCCUGGAUGAGGCCUUGUUCUGGAUCGAGUUCACCAUGAGAAACAACGGGGCCAAGCACUUGAGGGUCCAGGCCCAUGAGCUGACCUGGUACCAAUAUCACAGCCUGGACGUCCUGGCCUUCCUCCUCGCCGUCGUCCUGCUCAUCACACUCCUCUUCCUCGGGACCUGCCGUUUCUGCUUUCGGAAGUGCUGUGGCAGGAAAGGCAAGAAAAAGACUGAGUGAUGGACUUUAAGAUUUGAAAUGUAGUCAGCAAAGAAGUGACGGGUGAAACACUGACAGUUCUCAGGUUCACUUUUGAGUCUGAGGCACGUUGUGUCCCCACAAUGUCCUGGAUGUGCGUUUGUGAUCAGCGAUCCUCAACUUCUGACACGACGAAGACUAUAAAUGUCAUGUAAAAAGUAGAUUUACCACACUCUUGAAUAAAAUAUAGGAAAAAAAAGCUCCAUAUGCUCAGUAUCCAACUGAAACUUCGAGGUCAUUUGUAGUGAAAGAGAAAGAAUCCUCUACAGACAAAUACCACAAAUUGACUUUACAAAACAAGAGCCCAUUUCUCCUGUGCUCCCUCAUGUCUCAUCAGUAAUUAGUGAAAUUGCUUAAAGCUGCAUUUUAAUUUGCAUAACUCCUCCUUUUUAUUUUUUUGUCACCACAUUGACGUUAAAGGCUCGAUGUUCAUUGGCUGGUCAAAUAUUGGAGGACACACAGAAACACACACAAGGGAUUUGUUCUGUGCCUUUACUUAGAUAUUAUUAUUAUUACAAAUGACCCCACUGCUUCAGGUUUUCUUGGCACACUACAGCAUCAUCAAAAAUACUUAUAUCACACAUGGGCUGCAAUUCAGACUUUGACAUCAAGGAAACUGUGUUAUCAACAUAGAUCAAGUGAUAUAAUCAAACUAAAAAAAAAAACUAAAUAAAUACACAGCCCUUCAGAGAUGACAGAACCUCACACACAAAGAUUGGCUUUGCAGCUCCUGUCUUUUCAUAUCUGAACAGUGUAGAGAUUGUUUCUUGUUUUAUUUCCAUCAUUUUUUCAGUUUUCCACUUUCUUUGAGCUUCCAUAACAUAAGCUCCAUGCAGGCGGCAGCGUCGUCGGCGGUGUCGUGGCCACAAACUGGGAGAAACAGUAAAUCAUUAUUUAUAUCACAUACGAAUAAUGACAGUAACGUCCUCUGUAACAAAAUUGCAGUUUUUGUGCUUCUUAUACAUAUUUUGAUGAGAUUCAAACGUAUAAUACGACUGUGAUUUUGUCUUUAUUUGGAUGUAAAUUCAGAUGGGUUGUAGUUUGUAGACAUUUGUGCCGUGGCUGUAUCCACGAGGACCCACCGCUCUCUUGGAUGAUCCGUAGAAGGUAUUCAGCUGUCAGUUUGUUGAGGGUGAGCUUGUGGGGGGGCCCCAGACGGUGGGGGAAGACCAGCGAUGUGUCCACCACUGUCCCAUGGAGCAACUACAGCAAAGAGGAGCAUAUCUGAAGCUGUCUGCACUAAUUGUAACGUGAAAAUUAAACAUUCUGCAUAAUUAAUUUAUAUAUUCUGCAUAAUGUACUAGUGCAUAAUUUCCACUUCUGAUACUUUAUACUUAUACUCCAUUACAUUUAUCUCACAGCAGAAGUUGUGUUACACUUUAGAUUAAUACAAAAUACAAGUAAAUCCCACAGCUGUAUAUAGCCAUUACCAGCUGCUGUGACUUAUGCAUCAAUAAUUAUACUCCAACCAUGUGUAUCAUUGCAUGUGAGUGAUUCCAGUACAUUGUGUUUUUAAUAUUGUGAUUUGAUUAAAGAUUUUGAAUACAGGACUUUAACCCAAAA